AUGGCACAGUUUAAGAUUAACAAUGAGACGAUCGCAGGACAAGGAGGCAAGGCCAAGGACAAGGACAAAGACAAAGACAAGGAGGCAAGGCCAAGGACAAGGACAAAGACAAAGACAAGGAGGCAAGGCCAAGGACAAGGACAAAGACAAAGACAAGGAGGCAAGGCCAAGGACAAGGACAAAGACAAAGACAAGGAGGCAAGGCCAAGGACAAGGACAAAGACAAAGACAAGGAGGCAAGGCCAAGGACAAGGACAAAGACAAAGACAAGGAGGCAAGGCCAAGGACAAGGACAAAGACAAAGACAAGGAGGCAAGGCCAAGGACAAGGACAAAGACAAAGACAAGGAGGCAAGGCCAAGGACAAGGACAAAGACAAAGACAAGGAGGCAAGGCCAAGGACAAGGACAAAGACAAAGACAAGGAGGCAAGGCCAAGGACAAGGACAAAGACAAAGACAAGGAGGCAAGGCCAAGGACAAGGACAAAGACAAAGACAAGGAGGCAAGGCCAAGGACAAGGACAAAGACAAAGACAAGGAGGCAAGGCCAAGGACAAGGACAAAGACAAAGACAAGGAGGCAAGGCCAAGGACAAGGACAAAGACAAAGACAAGGAGGCAAGGCCAAGGACAAGGACAAAGACAAAGACAAGGAGGCAAGGCCAAGGACAAGGACAAAGACAAAGACAAGGAGGCAAGGCCAAGGACAAGGACAAAGACAAAGACAAGGAGGCAAGGCCAAGGACAAGGACAAAGACAAAGACAAGGAGGCAAGGCCAAGGACAAGGACAAAGACAAAGACAAGGAGGCAAGGCCAAGGACAAGGACAAAGACAAAGACAAGGAGGCAAGGCCAAGGACAAGGACAAAGACAAAGACAAGGAGGCAAGGCCAAGGACAAGGACAAAGACAAAGACAAGGAGGCAAGGCCAAGGACAAGGACAAAGACAAAGACAAGGAGGCAAGGCCAAGGACAAGGACAAAGACAAAGACAAGGAGGCAAGGCCAAGGACAAGGACAAAGACAAAGACAAGGAGGCAAGGCCAAGGACAAGGACAAAGACAAAGACAAGGAGGCAAGGCCAAGGACAAGGACAAAGACAAAGACAAGGAGGCAAGGCCAAGGACAAGGACAAAGACAAAGACAAGGAGGCAAGGCCAAGGACAAGGACAAAGACAAAGACAAGGAGGCAAGGCCAAGGACAAGGACAAAGACAAAGACAAGGAGGCAAGGCCAAGGACAAGGACAAAGACAAAGACAAGGAGGCAAGGCCAAGGACAAGGACAAAGACAAAGACAAGGAGGCAAGGCCAAGGACAAGGACAAAGACAAAGACAAGGAGGCAAGGCCAAGGACAAGGACAAAGACAAAGACAAGGAGGCAAGGCCAAGGACAAGGACAAGGACAAGGAGGCAAGGCCAAGGCCAAGGACAAGGACAAGGAGGCAAGGCCAAGGCCAAGGCCAAGGACAAGGACAAGGAGGCAAGGCCAAGGACAAGGACAAGGACAAGGAGGCAAGGCCAAGGACAAGGACAAGGACAAGGAGGCAAGGCCAAGGCCAAGGACAAGGAGGCAAGGCCAAGGCCAAGGACAAGGAGGCAAGGCCAAGGCCAAGGACAAGGAGGCAAGGCCAAGGCCAAGGACAAGGAGGCAAGGCCAAGGACAAGGACAAGGAGGCAAGGCCAAGGACAAGGACAAGGAGGCAAGGCCAAGGACAAGGACAAGGAGGCAAGGCCAAGGACAAGGACAAGGAGGCAAGGCCAAGGGCAAGGGCAAGGAGGCAAGGCCAAGGGCAAGGGCAAGGAGGCAAGGGCAAGGGCAAGGAGGCAAGGGCAAGGGCAAGGAGGCAAGGGCAAGGGCAAGGAGGCAAGGGGGCAAGGGCAAGGAGGCAAGGGGGCAAGGGCAAGAAGACAAGGGCAAGGGCAAGGAGGCAAGGGGGCAAGGGCAAGGAGGCAAGGGGGCAAGGGCAAGAAGACAAGGGCAAGGGCAAGGGCAAGGGCAAGGAGGCAAGAAGGCAAGGGCAAGAAGGCAAGGGCAAGAAGGCAAGGGCAAGAAGGCAAGGGCAAGAAGGCAAGGGCAAGAAGGCAAGGGCAAGAAGGCAUGGGCAAGAAGGCAUGGGCAAGAAGGCAUGGGCAAGAAGGCAUGGGCAAGAAGGCAUGGGCAAGAAGGCAUGGGCAAGAAGGCAUGGGCAAGAAGGCAUGGGCAAGAAGGCAUGGGCAAGAAGGCAUGGGCAAGAAGGCAUGGGCAAGAAGGCAUGGGCAAGAAGGCAUGGGCAAGAAGGCAUGGGCAAGAAGGCAUGGGCAAGAAGGCAUGGGCAAGAAGGCAUGGGCAAGAAGGCAUGGGCAAGAAGGCAUGGGCAAGAAGGCAUGGGCAAGAAGGCAUGGGCAAGAAGGCAUGGGCAAGAAGGCAUGGGCAAGAAGGCAUGGGCAAGAAGGCAUGGGCAAGGAGGCAUGGGCAAGGAGGCAUGGGCAAGGAGGCAUGGGCAAGAAGGCAUGGGCAAGAAGGCAUGGGCAAGAAGGCAUGGGCAAGAAGGCAUGGGCAAGAAGGCAUGGGCAAGAAGGCAUGGGCAAGAAGGCAUGGGCAAGAAGGCAUGGGCAAGAAGGCAUGGGCAAGAAGGCAUGGGCAAGAAGGCAUGGGCAAGAAGGCAUGGGCAAGAAGGCAUGGGCAAGAAGGCAUGGGCAAGAAGGCAUGGGCAAGAAGGCAUGGGCAAGAAGGCAUGGGCAAGAAGGCAUGGGCAAGAAGGCAUGGGCAAGAAGGCAUGGGCAAGAAGGCAUGGGCAAGAAGGCAUGGGCAAGAAGGCAUGGGCAAGAAGGCAUGGGCAAGAAGGCAUGGGCAAGAAGGCAUGGGCAAGAAGGCAUGGGCAAGAAGGCAUGGGCAAGAAGGCAUGGGCAAGAAGGCAUGGGCAAGAAGGCAUGGGCAAGAAGGCAUGGGCAAGAAGGCAUGGGCAAGAAGGCAUGGGCAAGAAGGCAUGGGCAAGAAGGCAUGGGCAAGAAGGCAUGGGCAAGAAGGCAUGGGCAAGAAGGCAUGGGCAAGAAGGCAUGGGCAAGAAGGCAUGGGCAAGAAGGCAUGGGCAAGAAGGCAUGGGCAAGAAGGCAUGGGCAAGAAGGCAUGGGCAAGAAGGCAUGGGCAAGAAGGCAUGGGCAAGAAGGCAUGGGCAAGAAGGCAUGGGCAAGAAGGCAUGGGCAAGAAGGCAUGGGCAAGAAGGCAUGGGCAAGAAGGCAUGGGCAAGAAGGCAUGGGCAAGAAGGCAUGGGCAAGAAGGCAUGGGCAAGAAGGCAUGGGCAAGAAGGCAUGGGCAAGAAGGCAUGGGCAAGAAGGCAUGGGCAAGAAGGCAUGGGCAAGAAGGCAUGGGCAAGAAGGCAUGGGCAAGAAGGCAUGGGCAAGAAGGCAUGGGCAAGAAGGCAUGGGCAAGAAGGCAUGGGCAAGAAGGCAUGGGCAAGAAGGCAUGGGCAAGAAGGCAUGGGCAAGAAGGCAUGGGCAAGAAGGCAUGGGCAAGAAGGCAUGGGCAAGAAGGCAUGGGCAAGAAGGCAUGGGCAAGAAGGCAUGGGCAAGAAGGCAUGGGCAAGAAGGCAUGGGCAAGAAGGCAUGGGCAAGAAGGCAUGGGCAAGAAGGCAUGGGCAAGAAGGCAUGGGCAAGAAGGCAUGGGCAAGAAGGCAUGGGCAAGAAGGCAAGGACAAGAAGGCAUGGGCAAGAAGGCAAGGACAAGAAGGCAAGGACAAGAAGGCAAGGACAAGAAGGCAAGGACAAGAAGGCAAGGACAAGAAGGCAAGGACAAGAAGGCAAGGACAAGAAGGCAAGGACAAGAAGGCAAGGACAAGAAGGCAAGGACAAGAAGGCAAGGACAAGAAGGCAAGGACAAGAAGGCAAGGAGAAGACACCUUCAGUCAAACAAUGUAUCUCCACCUUCAAAUGCUUCUGGAAUUAUCCUACGCAGGCAGCAUAUGGCCAAUGGAUAA